AUGGAUCACGGCGACGCACGCAUCAUAUCGGCGCAUUGUGAUUGUGCUAUAGGGUUAUUAGAGACGUGUUCCCAUGUUAAUGCCACACUGUUUGCCCUUGACGACAUUCGACAGAAGUUCCUGGCCAAGAAGAUAUCGGUUACUGAUUUGCCAGCAUAUUGGAAUAAACCACCAGCAAACGUACAAGGCAAUUUGUACAAAAAAAUAAAAGAAAUUUCAUUUGGAAGAAAAAUUAGACGCACUUGGGAACCAGUUUUGGCACCAAUGCAGGACAGGUAUGCAAAUCUGUUGACAAACCUCCAGAAGGAAGGUGUGCAAGUUGCAGCCAUGCAUUCGUUUUGUGGAGUCGAUUGUUUCCUGUGUACUUCAUGCAAGGAAGCAAAUCAGCUCCAAAACGAAUUCAGAGAGUACGAUUUAAGAAAUCUGUUCGAUAUAAAUUAUCGUACGAUGACGAAACCGGAGCUUCAUGCAUUGACACAAUCGGCGUACAAUGCGAUGGCGAGAGAUGCUGAUAAGCUGCUCCGAAUAACUGAAAUGACUAUGUCACCAAAUCAAAGUGUUCAUUGGAUGGUUUUUCGUACUGGACGUAUCACAGCUUCGGUGCUACGUGAAAGUUGCCACACAAAAAUCAGCAAUCCUUCGAUUUCACUCAUUCGAAAGAUUUGCUAUAACAAGGAAUCCUCAUUCCAGACGGCACCGAUGCGGUAUGGAAAACAAAACGAAUCUCGAGCAUAUGACCAAUUGUAUAACUCUGUAGCACAUUGUCACAGCAAUUCUGUUAAACUGCAAAGCGGUCUGAUAAUCUGCCCCGAAUAUCCUUUCCUGGGUGCUUCGCCAGAUGGAAUAAUCCAAUGUGAUUGUCACGGUAAGAUAACCAUUGAGAUCAAAUGUCCAUAUGCUGGAAAAAACAAUGCAGAUUUUACAGACGCUCUUUUAAAAAUGACCGAUCCGUAUAUAAUAAGAACAGCAGAUGGUAAUAUUGGACUUAAUCCAAACCACAAAUAUUUUUAUCAAGCCCUAAUGCAGGUACAUUUAGCGAAUGCUUGUUUUGGGUAUUUCUUUAUAUGGUCGCCUCAGAAACAAUAUCUGUUCCAAAUUAAACGAAAUGAUGAUUUUUGGGUGACAUGUCGUAAAAAAGCAUCACUUUUCUUCCAACAAGUCCUACUUCCAGAGCUAUUGUACAAAGCAUACACUGAACCAAUGUAAGGCAAUAUAAAUAUCCGAAACAGUAUGAAUAAAAAAUAAAUAGUUAUUGAAACGAAAUCAAAAA